AUGUACAGGAGCGAGGAAGACGGCCGCAAGCCCGCUUCAAAAUCGUAUGUGCAGCUCUUGAGGAACAGGAUCGACCUGCUGGAGGCCGUCCUGCAGUCUCACUCCAUCGAUAUAGAGGCCUCUGUCGCGCAACUCACCGCUGCGGGGACCACCCCACAGUUGAAUGCCGUCUCGACUGCGUUGGCGCCCGGGAGCAGCGACCCGGCGCUGGCUGGUCUGAGCCCCUCGGCGUUUGAUGACCUCUGCACAACGUUCGAAGGGGCGUUGUCUCUAGAUGAGUCGGUGAAUUACGACCAGGAUGGGGAGAUGCGAUACUUUGGACCGUCGAGUGGGCGUUUGGAGUUUCAGACUGAAGACCUUACAAAUGAGCUCAUCGACUUGUUCUUUGAGUACCAAAACCCAUGGUGCCAGAUUGUCGACGAGAAGCUCUUCAGACAGAGCAUGAAGACCAAAGGGCGCUAUUACAGCCCUUGCCUCCUCAACUGCAUUCUCGCUCUAGGGUCACGAUACACAGACAGGGUCGACGUACGCCUGCGACCCGAAGACCAGAAUUCGGCCGGCAAGCCGUUCUUGCAGAAGGCAGAAGUGCUCCUCCACAAAGACAUGAAGCGCCCAUCCAUUACAACCAUUCAAUCAAUGUCAAUUCUGGUUGGGGUUUACGUUUCAUAUGGUUGCGAUGCUGCCGGUUGGCUACAUCAAGGGAUGGCAAAUCGUUUGGCUCUCGACAUGGGUCUUAAUGUUGACGCUACAUCUCUGGCUGGCUCAAAUCUCAUUCCUACCGAAGAAAUUGAACUUCGGCGGCAGAUGUACUGGGCACUGUACUGUGAUGACAAACUCGCGGCUAUUUACACUGGCCGUGUUUGCAACUUCUUGGACGUCCAAGGAGCAGUCAAUCUCCCUUCAGUACCAGAAAGGAUGAGUGACGGUACAACAGACGCCAACGAAAUGACUCGAUGCACCAAACACAUCCUUGUUCACCGAGCACUCAUUGGUCUCUGCCGCAUUCUCGAAAAUAUACUGCUCGCCCUCUACGCCCCAAAACCACUGUACAAAGGGCCUCAAAGGAUAUCCUUCCUCCACUCGUGCACCCUCGAGCUCAAGACGUGGUUCUACGAACUCCCAGCCGACCUGCGCAUCGACCGCCCCAACGACAUCCCCCAGGUCUACACGCUCAACAUGGUCUACCACACCUGCUGCAUCCUCCUCUUCAAACCCUUCCUCCUGCGCCCGAAGCAGACCACCACAGCACCCAAAACGGACGCCAUCAAGCGCGCAGAAAUCCUCUGCAUCGAGUCCGCGAAGCGCAUCUGCCUCGCCAGCAAGAAGUACCGCCAAGUCCUUGGCGGCUUCCGCAGGAGCCCCAUCUCCGCGACACACUGCAUCCUCACGGCGUCGCUGGUGCUCAUCCAGUACGCGAGCCCGGACCCGGACAUGAGCAACAGCGGCCGGCCGUGCUGCACGCCGUACAUUGAGAUGUGCCUCGAGGUCCUCGGCGAGCUGUCGACGUCGUGGAACCCGGCGGGACGGAUGCGGUCGGACCUGAUCAAGCUGCUGUACCAGAAGUACCCGGAGCGCAUCCCGCACUCGCUGCUGCAGCAGUGCGCCCCGGACAAGAGCUGUGCCGCGGCGGCGGCGGCGGCGUGUGUGGGGCCGAUGAGGGAGAAGGCGUCGGCGGCGGCGCAGACGCACCCGUUGCAGACGCAUCCUACGCUGGAGCAGAAUUUGUGUCCGCUGAUGAAUAUGCUGGAUGCGGAUUUCAGCUGGGAGGCGGUGAACCAGGCGCCGCAGACGGCUCCGUUCAGCGAUGCGUCUGAGUCUGUUUACAAUACGCAGUUUGCACUGGCGGAUUCGAUCAUGGAUGUCGAGGAUGGUGGCCAAAAUCUGAUGGAUGAUGCGUUUUGGGCAGGGGUGAACUUUGACUUUAGCUAUGAGGCGCAGUCAUAG